AUGCUCAACACAACCCACACUGACGCUGACGCGGAGCACGUGGUGGUUUUUGUGUCCUUCCAAACGGCUCUAUUUGUGGAGGGGUCAGCGUACACAGCGGAACUUGGGAACUGUGUACCCGUUGAGGGGUACUUCAUGGUUGUCGCUAACCCUUGGGGACCGAGAGCGACAUACGAAGUGAUUUACGAUAAAGGGUUUGCCUAUUCUCCGUCAGUCAGACUGUUUACCGGUAUAAAGAACUGGACAAGGAGGAUUACAGAUCGCCUUACGUUGAAACAUGGCAUUUCGCCACAGUUGCGAAGACAAUGUUUAGAGAGAUUGCCAACAAAACUGCAUGUCUUGAGGUCUAUGCGGGCAUUUGAAGAGGCUGUGCAGAAGACGGAUAAUUCUAUGAUGUUUGUCAAAAACGAGACGUUGCCGCUGGUUUCUCAGUUGGAAUGCGUACUAGAUGCUGUGCAGCGUGUUAAAAGACGAAUUUGCCCCACUGCAUCAGAAGGCAAAAUUGUUUUUUUGACACUUCGAGAGCGGCUUGAUAGUGUGCACGCCUCAAUGCGGUGGUUUGGUAGUGGACUCGCUCAGUUACCCCCAUACGCGGUUGUUGCAUUGGAGGAUCUUAUUCCUGCCUCGGAGGACUUAAUUGAAUUGUAUGCGAAAACCGUCCGGUCGCUGAAUUCCAAUAGGUGUGCCGUGCACCCCACGAACCAUAAAAACUGUUCUGGCCUUCCGUACAACUGCUGCCGUGAAGAUGUCCGUCUGCUUCAACAUGUAGGGGAGCAUCUUAUCGACUACCUUGAAGAGGUCGGUGCGGAUGGUUUGCCUAAGCUAGUUGUCCCACCGAAAGUUCAUGUAUCGGACGGUGAUAGUUCAACUGACUAG